AUGAUGAGGGGAAUUAUUUUUGCACUGACCUUUGCUCUUGUGGGGAGUCAACAUCAUGAUCCUUCUUUCAGUCAAAGCAAGACGUACGUUUACCAGUACGAAGGGAUUGUUCUGACAGGGCUACCUGAACAUGGCCUGGCUAAGGGAGGCCUUAAGAUAACCAGCAAAGUGCAAAUUAAUUCAAUUGGACAAAAGAGCCAUAUUCUGAAGAUGAUUUCACCUCAAAUUGAAGAGUACAGCGGGGUUUGGCCGAACGCUCAAUUUAUCCCAGCACGGAAGCUGACUCGGAAUUUGGCCGCACAAUUGAGCAAGCCGAUAAAGUUUGAAUACAGCCAUGGACGCGUUGGAAAUAUAUAUGCCCAGCCAGAGCUAUCUGAAAACAUCCUCAACAUCUACAGGGGUAUUCUCAACAUGCUGCAGAUCAGCAUUAAAAAGUCACAGAACAUCUAUGAGCUGCAGGAGAGUGGUGUAGAAGGCAUCUGCCAUGCAAGCUAUGCAAUUCAGGAGAACAAGAAAAGUGGAGUAGUCACGAUCACAAAAUCGAAGGACCUGAACAACUGUCAGGAGAAAAUCUCAGAGACCAAGGGUUCUGCUUAUGCUCAGCUAUGUGAGACCUGCCAGCAGAAAGGCAGGAACCUGCGGAGUGUCUCCACCUACUCCUAUGCCAUAAAAGGUACCGAAGACGGAGCAGUGAUAAUAGAAGUUGUAAGUAAAGAGACACAUCAGUUCACACCGUUUAAUGAACUUGAUGGUGCUGCCAGCACAGAAUCAAGGUAAUUCCUCUUCUUGCAUCUACAAAUUCUUCCUGUUUCUUUCCAUCUGUGUGAUCAAGUUCAAGCCCUCACUCUUCAGUUAUUUAUGAACAGAAAGGUCCAGGCUGAAGUACGAAUGAAAGCUUUUAUUGUCUUGCUGGAAACCAAACCAUCCUUGGCUUUAAUUGCAACAGUGACUGACUCGCUGCUCAGAGAGACUAACUUGCAAUUGGCCAGUUUUGGUUAUUCCUACAUGAAGUCUCUGGCAGGGUCAUCAGUCCUCGAACUUCAGUCACUGGCUGCAAGUUGUAACAUCGCCAUCAAACAUUUGAACCAAAAGUGUGAUUCGCUCAGUUAUCGAUACAGCAAAGGCUUACAUUUUGGAACAUUUAACGAUAAGUUUUUGGCUGGAUUUGAUGCCAACAUUUACUUAAUGAAGAAGUCAGAGAGCAUUCUGCCAAGUUCUGCCAUUGCCAACAUCAAAGUUCAAGGGCUGGGAGUUUCCACAGAUUUUCUGGAGAUUGGUAUCCAAGCAGAGGGAGAGUGGAGGCACAGUCAACCUCUUCGAAGAGGACCAAGGAGCAAUAGCAAUGAACACAUAGCGAAGAAGGUACCUGGUUGGAAACCAAUACCCACAAAAAAAGCCCUGGCAGCUGCCUACAUCAAGUUGUUUGGUCAAGAACUUGCUUUUGUCGAAUUUGACCAAAAUAAUAUACAAGAGGCCAUUAAGCUCAUCAGCAACCAAGGGAGAAUGGACAACCUCAUCAAGAAACUGAUAAAUCAGCUUCAGCAAGGAAUCACAACACAGUGGACCAAACCCUUGCUGGCAGCUGAGAUCCGGCACAUUGUGCCAACAUCACUUGGAUUGCCAAUGGAACUGACUUUUUACUACACUGUCGUGUCAGCAGUUACAGCACAGGCCAAUGUGAAGUUCAAUCCCAUCCCUUCCAACGUUACCAUGGUUCAGUUCCUGAACACCACUAUUCAGGCAGACGUUCAGCUCAGACCAAGUUCGGUCAAAGAUGUCAUCGCCGUCAUGGGAAUAAACACCCCUCUGGUUCAGGCGGGUGUGGAAAUACAAUUGAAAACAAGCACUUUUGUCCCCGUGAACUUCACUGCUAGAGUAAACUUAAGGAAGAGUAAUAUCAAAAUUGAAACACCCCCAUGGAAACAGGAAGAUGAGCUGUUUUCUGCUAGGUCACGGGCUUUUGCCUUCUCGAGAAAUAUUGAAGACCCAGCCUCCGCGAAAAUCACUCCACUGCUAUCGAGCAGGGAGUUCAGAAUGAUGAACAGAGAAUUGAAUUUAGCAAAGAAUUCAACAGCAGAUAAAGAGAGAGUGAUGGAGAAAGUCUUGCCUCUAGCUAUACCACAAGGAUCCGUGUGCUCUGCUGAAGAUCAACCUGAUGUCCCAAGCCCAACAGUCCGCCAGGCUUGUGCUAAGUUCAGCACAUUUGGAGUUCAAGUUUGUUACAAGACUAGUGCUGAAAACACUGCCUUCACCAGCAGCUCACCAUUGUACAGACUCAUUGGCGAUAAAUCAGUUGUAGUCACAGUCAAACCAGUUAUCACACCAACAGCGAUCAAAAAAUUGCAAGUCGAAUUGCAGCUGCAAUCUGGGGAGCAAUUGAUUGGAAGAGUUCGUCAUUUGAUGAGGAAAAGUAACGUGAGUGACACAGAUUUGUCAGAACCCACAAUGCCCAAAGGCAAAUUAGCCCUUCUGAAACUGAAGAAAAAAGCUCAUGAAAAUGUUCGGCAUCAGGUCAGACAGGAAGAAAGGUACACCACAAGCAGUUCAUCAGCAAGUUCCCGAGGGUCAAGCAGAAAGUUGACAAGAACCACCAGAAAAUCACAUGAACAUAAGAAACAGCAGACGCCGAACCAACACCGAACCCAGACAACACCCAGGAACGUGGAUACCUUGCCCCAGGAUCACCGCCAGCAAGAGAAACACAAUAAACAACAUGGGCCCAACCAGCAUGGGCAACCUGAGCCAAAAGGAGUGUUAUUUUCAAAUGAGGAAAAUAAUGACCAUCAUGGAAAACCUCAGCAUGGAGUAUCACACCACAGGUCACAUCGUUCAACCUCCUCUCUCUCAUCUUCAUCACAGUCAGGUCAUAGUUCAAACCAUCAGCAUGAACGACGGAGAUCAGAGAGUCCUCGUUUAACCUCCUCUCUCUCAUCUUCAUCACAGUCAGGUCAUAGUUCAAACCAUCAGCAUGAACGACGGAGAUCAGAGAGUCAUCAUUCAACCUCCUCUAGUUCAUCUUCGUCACAAUCAAAGGGAAUGCAUAAUUUACACCAUCAGCAUAAAAAGUUGAAACCAAAGACUGAUCAUUCAACCUCCUCUCUUUCAUCUUCCUCACAGUCAAAGAAAAGGGAUGGUGCACAUCCUCAUGAGAGAUCAUUAAAUAAACAAAGUAGCCUUUCGCUCUCCAGUAGUUCUUCUUCAGUUGAGUCAGGGCACAAGAAAGAAGCUACACGACCAGCACAUCAUCACCCUGACAACAGAGAAAGAUGUAAGGAUGGCAACUGUAAUAGAGAACAGCUCCAAAGACCUGCCCACAGACCCAACAUCAGAAACAGCUCUUUGUCUUCAACUGAGUCCCGUGCCCAAUCCAGCUCCUUUUCAUCCUCGGGUAAGUCAGAGCGCACAUCAUCAAGCUCCUCGUCAUCAAGUGAGUCAAGCUCCAGCCGGUUGUCAAAGCAUCGGCGCAGUAAACCUUCUAGACGGCAACAAUCCAGCUCUUCAUCAAGAACUAGCAGUUCCAGCAGUUCCAGCAAUUCCAUGUCUUGGCACCAAAAGGCAUGGUCAUCUCCAAAGCAUCGCGCUGCCACCAAAAUAUGCAAAAAUGGUAAAUGUAUCCAUGAAAUUAUCAAAUCACGGUCAACCACUGUACAUAAAUUUAAGAGAGACCAUAGGACCUGGAUCUUCGACUCAAAAUCAGAACAGGAGGAAGCCAACUCAAACAUGUUCCAACUCCGUUUUGAACCUCAUAGUUACUCGUCACGAAACAAAGGUCGAUUAAGCUUUGAGUCAUCAUCUAGAUCCAGCUCAGGAUCUACAGCGAGUUUUUCCAGCUCAUCUACCUCAUCAUCUUCAUCUUCAUCUUCAUCGCAGCAGUCCUGGUUCCUUGGAGACUCUGUGCCACCAAUAUUUUCACUGCUAACCCGAGCCAUCAUGAUGGAUGACAAAGAGAAAGGUUAUGAGACAAAGGCCUAUGUGGAUAAUUCAAUGGACCAACGAGCAUUACAACUAUUUGUGGAUGAACUUCAAGAAGGAGGAAGCUGGCGAGCUUGUGUUGGUGCUGAGAUGCCUAACGUGCACAGAGCAUUGGCAUCAUUGAAAUGGGGCAAAAAUUGCCAAGACUACAAGAUUGCGGCCAAAGCAUCUACAGGCCGUUUUGAACACCAUCCCGCAGUAAUGGUUAAAGCACAAUGGGACAUAAUACCUCAAAACCUGAAAGAAACCGCAAACAUCCUGGCUGACCAGCUCGCAGGAAUCGCCUUCCUAUUUGGAUUCUCUGAGAGACAUCAAAGGAGUCGCGCUCAUCGGCUUUCGGUGAUCAUGGCAGCAACAUCUCAGCGAACGCUGGAUGUGGUAGUGCGAACUCCAAAGCAUGUCUUCAAUCGCAGAAACCUUCUCAUCCCAGCACCAUUACCUUUCGAUGUGAACUCUCCCUCAGUACAGCAAAGAGGAUUGCUUGUCCUUGCUGAUUUACCAGCUAUGGUUUCACCAACAUCUACAGCUGAAUGCAGGGUCUUGCAAAACCAAUUCACCCCAUUUAACAAGGAAUGUUUUGAGUAUGAAAUGCCUGAAGGCUGUGCUCAUGUACUGGUCCAAGAUUGUACUCCUGAACUGAAAUUCAUCGUACUGAUAAGACGCAGUGCGGAAUCACUGAUUGUACAGCUGAGUUUACCUUUCAGUCAAGUAGAAAUACAGUCGACAAAAGCAGGAAAGAUCCAACUGUUCAUCAAUGGAACCAAGAUGUUGGUCAAAAGCCUAUCACUUCCAGGAUCCUUGGCCAUUGAGAGAAGUGACAAUGAUCUGACCAUCAAAGCACCAGAAGUUGGUCUCAAAAAUCUCUUCUUCGAUGGAAAAGAGAUUAAGGUUUCAGUGAUGCCGUGGAUGGCUGAGAGUACAUGUGGAUUGUGUGGGCAAAGUGAUUCCCUGAGGAGAAAUGAGUAUCAACAACCAAAUAAACGCAGCACCAGAGAAAUUCUGAAAUUUGCACACUCGUGGUUACUGCCAGGGGAAAGCUGUAAAGACGGUUGCAAACUGAUGAAACAGACCAUGAAGCUGGAGAACUCAGUCAACAUACAUGGACAGGAAUCCAAAUGCUACACUGUUGACCCUGUUUUACAGUGCCAGGUUGGAUGCUCACCAAAUCAGACAGUCCCAGUUGUCUAUGGCUUUCAUUGCCUUCCAGCCGAUUCUCAAGCAAAUCCUAGCGAUAAGUUGCUGGCGUCCACCACUUUUGGUCAAAAGACUGAAGACUUGAUAAACACGGUUGAAGCUCACAUCGCCUGUUCAUGUCCUUCCAGCUGCAGUUAAGCAAAAUGACUGGAAUUUAUGUCAAUUUGAUGCAGAGACUGUAACCAAAUAGCCAUACAACAGUUGCAAUUGAAGAGAUAAAGACGCAAUGAAAUAAGGACGCAUUCAAUAACUUUUAAAAUGAAUUAGUUUUAGAUGCACUGAAUUGUCAUUUGUAGAACUCAAUAAAUCAGCUUUUA